GUCCUACGUCAUCGCGUCGCAGGAAGGUCAGAGGCAUGUAAACAAACCCACAAGGUAAUUUCUGCAAGAUAUUAGUAAGAAAACGUGUCAUAAAUUAAUAACAACGUGUUCAAACGGGACUGUCAGUGAUAUAGACGCUGUAAUGGUUUUACUCUGACAUGAGCAAACACAGUAAAGGAGGUUAAUUUAUUCUGUUGAAUUCACUCAUCAGUGCUGGGCUCUUCAGUCAUGUUAUCAACUUGUUUUAGACUUUGUUUAUCUCCUGGUUUAAAACAUGGUCGGAGAAUACUGCUCACAGCCCCUUGUACCAGAUCCCAGCGUUGGUUCUUCUCUCGAGGCUCAGACUCAGACUCUGAGCUGACCCUGGAUCAGUUGGCCCUGAACCUGAAGCAGCAGAAGUAUCAGAGAGUGAUCGUGAUGGUGGGAGCCGGCAUCAGCACGCCCAGCGGCAUCCCAGACUUCAGGUCUCCGGGCAGUGGGCUGUACUCAAACCUGCAGCAGUACAACCUGCCGUAUGCAGAGGCCAUCUUUGAGCUGGAUUAUUUCCACCAUAACCCCAAACCCUUCUUCGCUCUGGCCAAAGAGCUGUACCCCGGCAACUACCGCCCCAACGAGGCCCACGCCCUCUGCCGCCUCCUGCUGGACAAACACCUGCUGCAGCGACUCUACACGCAGAACAUCGACGGACUGGAGCGCCUGGCUGGAAUUCCUGCAGAGAAAUUGGUGGAGGCGCACGGGACAUUUUCCACAGCGACGUGCACGGUGUGUCGGAGAGAGUACAGCGGAGAAGAUAUCAGACCUGCGGUGUUGUCCGGUGCGGUACCAGAAUGUCCCACCUGCACCGGGGUCAUUAAACCUGACAUCGUGUUCUUCGGAGAGCAGCUUCCUCCCAUGUUCCUUAAAUACCUCACAGACUUCCCUCUGGCCGAUCUGCUGCUCAUUAUGGGAACGUCUCUGGAGGUGGAGCCGUUCGCGUCUCUGGCUGGCGCGGUGCGUCCGACUGUUCCUCGGCUGCUCGUGAACCGUGACCUGGUCGGGCCGUUUCUAUGGAGACGGAGGUCACGUGACGUGGUCCUGCAGGGAGACCUUGUCCAGGGAGUCCGGACUCUGGUUCAGCUCCUGGACUGGACCCAGGACUUUGAACGUGUCAUGGAGGAGCUGCAGGGCCCCAAAAAGUCGGAGGAGUGACACGAGGAAAGAGAAGACUGAAAAAACACAGGACUUUUGUAACAUGAACAACUCUGAGCCAACGAAAACACAAACUUUCAAAUGUAUUUUUACUCUGGAGGUGAAAUGUGAAUCCAGACGAAUCAGGAGACGUGUUUUAUUUAUGAUUCUUUCUGGUUUUUAUUGAUGAACUAUAAAAAAAAAAAAAGAUCUGAAUUCUACAUUUUGUUCUUUGUAAACCUCAAUAUUUAUCUUUAAAAAAAAAAAAAAAAAAAACACCACAACGAUAGAAAAGAAGUGAAAAGGUCACUUCUUGUUCAAAAUGCACUUUCUCUUAAUAAUAUUAUAAUAAUAAGUAACAAUUUAUAAUAACUACACCUUAUUUAGCCUUAAUAAAGCAUGAACAAUUAUGAUUACUCUGGAAUUUGGCCAUACUUAACAAAUACUUAAUAAAGCAUAAUUAGUCUUUGAAAAAGACUUAACUAACAGAGAAUAUCUGCCUGAAUUAUCAUUGUGUUACAGUGUUAGUUAAUCAUUCUCUCAUGGCUUAAUAAUCAUUCAUAAAUGUUUAAUUGUGUACUUAAAUAUGCAUUUUCAAAUACACAAAUGGUUAGUUCAUGAGUAACUAACUAUGAAAUAAUAAUAAUAAUGAUUCAUUUUGUGCGACGGACCAGUUCUCUGUCAGACUGGCGGCGUAUAGGAGAAGGCGCGGCAUAGUUUGGUCCUGGAUACAUUCUAUUUUAGUCCUAGUUUUAGCUCUGGUU